AUGGUAGUAACGAGAUAUCAAUUGUAUACAACAAAAAACUACAAAUUUGCUGCUUUCUUUAAAUGUAUUGGUUACAUUGCGAGUAAACUUUCUAAUAUUCUAUUUAUAUUGUGCAUUCCACUCUGCAUCGGUUUAUUAUAUCAUAUAUUUGUUUUUACUGAUUUAAAAUUAACAAUGCCAUCGUUUUCAUUUGAAUUCUUAAAGUCUUCAAUGGGAACUGUUACUGAAGAUGAAACUACAACCGAAAAUAUAGACGAAUUUACAAUCACUGACGUUAUUUCUAGUACUAUUAUUGCUCCUACUACAACUCCUUUUGAAAUUGUUGUUAACAUGAAUGAUCGAAUGCCAUCAUAUCGACUUGCCACUCGAAAUGGUAGUAAACCUUUCACUGGUGGAGCACGAGCCACAAUAUUUGAAAAACUGCAGCUCUACGAUACAUGUAAAAAAGAUACAUCAAUCCUUGUUGUCGAUGUCGGUGCUAAACUAGGUGAUUUUGGUCUUUACGCUGCAGCAUGCGAUUGUUCUGUCUACAUGUUGGAGAAACAAUCAGAUAUGAUUGCUCUUAUUCAGAUUUCAAUCGCAAUCAAUAAAUUUGCGAGACGUCCUGUUCUUCUCUAUCAUAAUUUUGUUAAUAACCCGGACUCUGAUCCUACUUCCCUAAGUGGAUCUUCAAAUUAUAAUGCAGCAGAUAUAGUAGCUCCUAUAAAAGUACAAAAUAUUCAACUUGAUAAUAUCGCAUGGCCAUCAUCAAUAUUCAUACUAAAAAUUGACUUCGACAGUGUUGGAUUGGAUGUACUUCGUUCAGGACAGAAUCUUUUUCGUCAAAAACGUAUUCGUCAUCUAAUCCUUCAGUAUGAUACAGUAGCAAAUGGUCAAGGUACGAAAGAAACACUAAUGCAUUAUUUACAACAAACUUUAAAACCUAAAUCUGUUUUUAUUUUUCGUCCGAAUGAAGAAAAAUUAUAUGGACCAUUAUAUUAUAUUCAAUUGAAAGAGUUGGCUAAUCGGCAAAAUAAUCAACAACCAAUCGUAUGGAAAGUUUGUUGGAAUGUAUUUGGUUCAGUACUUUAUAGUUGUGGUGACGAUGGAAGAAUUCGAAUGUGGAAAGGUACCAUUAAUGGUCCAUGGAAAUGUGAAAGUAAUGUAAGUCUUCAAGCAGAAGCUCUUGAAAAAGCAAAAUCCGAUGCAAGUCAAUCAACAGAACCGGUAAAUUUAGAGUAA